AUGCCUGUAUUCACCGAGUAUUCGUCUUCCCCGCGAGACCUGCGCGUGCUUCCUUCGUUUGCGCCUCCACUGCCCCGUCUGUCGUCCAAGUUCGAGCCCGAGCCGGGAGAUGAGAAGUACGAGGUGGUCAUCGUGGGGGCCGGUCCCGCAGGAAUGAUGAUGCAUCUCCUUCUCACACGGUACGGACUGAGCGAUGACUCGGUAUUAUGCGUGGAUGCGAAGCCAGAGGUUCUCAAAUCUGGUCAGGCGGAUGGUCUGCAGUGUCGCACGCUUGAGGUGUUGAAAUCGCUGGAUCUGGCCGACGAGAUCCUCACGCAGGGCUGUCAGCAAUGGGAGGUUGCGUUUUGGGAUCCCUCAACCCAUCGAAACGCAGACACAGGGAAAGUUCCUCCUGGGAUUGAACGGACCUCGCUUGUGUCUGAAGUACGGGUGGCGGCUCGGUUCCCGUACUGCGUCACCAUCCACCAGGGGCGGAUCGAGAGGAUCCUCGAGACCGACCUGCUGCGGUACUCGAAACGAGGCAUCCAACGAAGCACGAGACUCGUCAAUGUGACUAUCGACGAAGACGGAGACCCCGAGUUCCCCGUCAAGGCACAACUCGAGGACGCCAAUGACGGGUCCUGUCGGCGCACGAUAAGAAGCAAGUAUCUCGUUGGCGCGGACGGGGCUCAUUCCGUCGUCCGACGCAGCAUGGGUCUCAAACUGCAGGGCGAAUCCACUAAUCAUAUCUGGGGGGUUGUCGAUCUCGUUCUCGACACGGAUUUUCCGGAUAUUCGUCGUCGGUGUGCCAUUCACUCGGCCGCCGGGUCGGUGAUGGUGAUCCCCCGUGAGCGUAUCCCGACUGGCGAGUAUCUCACGCGUCUGUACGUGCAGAUUCCUGGAGUCGUCAAGGCAGAUAACGAUCAAGAAGAAGAGGAAGAAGAAGGAAAAGGAGAGGCGGCAGAUAAGAGUAAAAAAGAGGCAAAAACACGGAGGAACGAGGUCACUCUCGAAAGCAUCCUGGCCCAUGCAGAAGCAGCGUUCAGACCGUAUACCAUCAAGCCCAAAGGCAGAGAUGCGGUCGACUGGUGGACAGCGUAUCAGAUCGGACAGCGUGUGGCGAACGAGUUCGCAGUCCAUGAUUCAGAGGGGGUUAACCGAGUGUUUAUCGUGGGAGAUGCCUGCCACACACAUAGUCCAAAGGCCGGCCAAGGAAUGAACGUGUCGAUGAUGGAUUCGCACAAUCUAGCUUGGAAACUGGCCUACGCUGUUCACGACUUGAGCGCCAACGCCAACGCCAUGCUGGACACAUACCACAGCGAGAGACACAGGAUUGCCCAAGACCUCAUUGCCUUUGACCGAUCGAUUUCAUCCAUGUUCUCAGGCCAGAUUGAUCCUCUACACGGAGGAAUAACGCACGAGCAGUUCCAGCAGGUGUUCAGCACUGGCAACGGCCUCACGACCGGCUGUGGAGUCGAAUACGGGGGAAGUUGUCUAGUUGAGAAGCCUGACACUGAAGACGAUAUCACAGAUAAUCUCUAUCCAAUCCAAGGAACAGACUACCUGGCAGGCAUUUUACAGCCGGGUAGACGGUUGCCCAACGUGAGAUUGAAGCGGCAUGCAGAUGGCUGCAAAUGGGACAUGCAGGAUGAUUUGCCAUGCACUGGCCGCUUCCGAGUUAUCUGCCUCACAUCGUCAGACCUGCUAGACCCCUCUGGCAAAUCGGCAACGGCCCUCCGUUCCCUCGCGUCGAUGUAUGAGCACUUCCCACCCGUCGUGGAACAGAUCGUCGUGCAUCCACGUCUCUCGAAAGAUUUCAUGUGGCAGGAUAUCCCGUCGCAGGUGAAGAAAUGGUCCGAGAUGCGGUUUUAUAGCGGGUACGAGAUGGACGGUGUCCAGGACGUCUAUGCUGUUUACGGGGUUGAUCCGGACCAUGGGGCGCUGGUUGUCGUCAGACCGGAUGGGUAUAUUGGUUUGAUUUCCUGUUUGGAUGGUACUACCCAGGUGGAAAAUUAUUUGAGGGGAUGUCUGAAGUAUACUUAGAUAUUCAUUUGGUAUAGAAUGUCUUCAGACGGGGUAAAUAGUCAUUUUAGAUUUGAAUACAAUAUCACACGCUCUUCAUUAUCAUAAACUUUCAAGGGAUCACGUCAUAACUUUUCAAGAGUAGAUACUCAUUGUGAAAGACGAUUCUGAGCUGCUUGGAUACUCAUCACCGUAUCAGAAAUACUCUCUCUUAGAGUGCGAUACUGCAAUCCCAACUCCCUCACUGACCGGGACGUGUCGAAGC